GCGCACUCCGGGGCGGCGCGGCACGGCUCGGCACGGCUUUGCACGGCUCGGAGAGGCUCGGCACGGCUCGGAGCGGAGCCAGCGCAGCCCGCGGCCCUUCCCCGGCCCCUGCCCGGCCGGGCCAUGCUCUAGCAGCGGCGGCGGGGUCGAGCGGGGCGGCGGGGCAGCGGCCCCCCCCCGCGCCCCCUGCCCGCAGCGCGGCCGGGACGGGAGCAUGCGGAUCCUCUUCCUCUGCCUCCUGACUCUCGCUGACUCCUACGGGCAAGCGGCACAGACGCGGUUCGUGGAGGAGCCGGAGGACCAGACCGUGGUGGCCGGCCAGAGGAUCGUCCUCUCCUGCGUGGUGCUCAACUACUCCGGGAUCGUGCAAUGGACCAAAGACGGGCUGGCCCUGGGGAUGGGGCAGGGCCUCAAAGCCUGGCCGCGUUACCGCAUCGUGGGCACGGCCGACUCGGGCCAGUACAACCUGGAGAUCAGCGACGCCGAGCUCUCCGACGACGCCGUCUACGAGUGCCAAGCGACCGAGGCCGCGCUGCGCUCGCGCCGAGCCAAGCUCACCGUGCUCAUUCGCCCCCUGUCCCCUCUGCAGUCCCCCCCGAGGACCCCACCAUCGACGGAGCCCCCGAGAUCCUGCUGCGCGCGGGGACACCCUACAACCUGACGUGCCGAGCGCGCAGCGCCAAGCCCGCCGCCACCAUCGUCUGGUACCGGGACGGGCUCCAGCAGGACGGAGCCAUCACCACCACGGAGGUGCUGGCUGACGGCAAGCGGGAGACGACGACCAGCCAGCUGGCCAUCAACCCCACCGACCUGGACAUCGGCAGGGUUUUCUCCUGCCGCAGCACCAACGAAGCCAUCCCGGGGGGGAAGGAAACCUUCGUCAAGCUCAACGUGCACCAUCCCCCGACUGUCACCCUGUCCAUCCAGCCCCAGACGGUGCAGGAGGGCGAGCGGGUCGUCUUCACCUGCAUGGCCACCGCCAACCCCGAGAUCAAAGGCUACAGGUGGGCCAAAGGGGGGGUGAUCAUCGAGGAGGCCAAGGAGAACAAGUACGACACGCAGGUGGACUACACCUUCUUCACGGAGCCCGUGUCCUGCGAGGUGCACAACGACAUCGGCAGCACCAACGUCAGCACGCUGGUGGACGUGCACUUCGCCCCUCGCAUCAUGGUGGCCCCCAAGCCCACCGUCACCGACAUCGGCUCCGACGUGACGCUGACCUGCAUGUGGUCCGGCAACCCCCCGCUGACCCUCACCUGGACCAAGAAGGAAUCCAACAUGGUGCUGAGCAACAGCAACCAGCUGUACCUGAAGUCGGUGACGCAGGCGGACGCGGGGCAGUACAUCUGCAAAGCCAUCGUGCCCCGCAUCGGCGUGGGCGAGCGCGAGGUCACGCUCUACGUCAACGGGCCCCCCAUCAUCUCCAGCGAGGUGGUGCAGUACGCGGCGCGCGGUGACCGCGGCAAGGUGGAGUGCUUCAUCGGCAGCACGCCGCCACCCGACCGCAUCGCCUGGGCUUGGAAGGAGAACGUUUUGGAGGCAGGGACGCUGGAGCGCUACACGGUGGAGAGGACCAACACGGGCAGCGGGGUCCUGUCCACCCUCACCAUCAACAACGUGAUGGAGGCCGAUUUCCAGACCCACUACAACUGCACCGCCUGGAACAGCUUCGGGCCGGGCACCGCCAUCAUCCAGCUGGAGGAGAAAGAGGUCCUGCCCGUGGGCAUCAUCGCCGGGGCCACCAUCGGGGCCAGCAUCCUCGUCAUCAGCUUCCUCGUGGCGCUCGCCUGCUUCCUGUACCGGCGUCGGAAAGGGAGUCGCAAGGACGUCACCCUGCGCAAGCUGGACAUCAAGGUGGAGACGGUGAACAGGGAGCCGCUGACGCUGCACGCGGACCGGGAGGAGGACACGGCCAGCGUCUCCACCGCCACCCGCGUCAUGAAGGCCAUCUACUCGUCCUUCAAGGAUGACGUGGACUUGAAGCAGGACCUGCGCUGUGACACCAUCGACACCCGCGAGGAGUACGAGCUGAAGGACCCCACCAACGGCUACUACAACGUCCGUGCCCACGAGGACCGCCCGGCCUCCCGCACCGUGCUCUACGCCGACUACCGCACCCCGGGGCCGGGGCGUUACGAGGCUCGGCCCCCCUCCCGCCUGUCCCACUCCAGCGGCUACGCUCAGCUCAACACCUACAGCCGGGGGGGCCCCGCGUCCGAAUACAGCACCGAGGGGGCCGCGGGGACCGGGGCCUCCCCGGGGACGACGGCGGGGGGCGAGACGGCCAGCCAGCUGUCCUACGAGAACUACGGGGGUCACGGCGCCUUCCCGGCCGGAGGUGGCUACGGGGGCUACCGGUUGGGCUACGGGCAGCCCCCCAGUUUGGAGCGGGGGCCCUACGACGCCUACGACCCCAUGGGCAAGUACGCCAGCGCCACCCGCUUCUCCUACACCUCCCAGCACUCGGACUACGGGCAGCGCUUCCAGCAGCGGAUGCAGACGCACGUCUAGGGGUUUUUUGGGGGGGGGGGGCGGCGGGGAAGCCGGCGACUGGCCCCUGAUAUUCAGGGGUUCAUCCUGACCCCCCCCCCCUCUCACCCACCCCUCGCCCCGCUUCUCCGUGCGCCGGGUUCCUUCUCUUCGAGCUUCCACUCCCCCCGCUGGGAUAGCGGUUGUCUUCGCGGUACCUUCCCAAAAGGGGGUGCGGGGUGGCCCCCCCCCGGCCCCGUGCCCCCCCAUCCCGGCCCCUUUUCCCCCUUCCCGGCUCUGCUGGGAAGGGGGGGGGAGCCCGGAGCCUUCCCCGAUGGGGGCUCAGCCCCGCACGCCCCGGCCAGCGCCGCCCAUCCCGUGGCACCCGUGCGGAUGUAGGCGCCGCGUUUGGCUUCUUUUCUCCCCAAAAUGCCCCGGCCCAGCCUGUUCCCGUUCCCUGUGCCUUGAUUUUUCGGGGUUGGCCCACGCUCGGGGCCGGCUCCCUCCCGUCCUUCCAUCCGUCCGUCCCACAAAGCCCCCGCUCCCACCCUGCCCCGAGCCGGUGAGCAGGGGGCACCCCUGCUCACCCUGGGGGUCCCGGUACGGCGAGACCCCAAAAACGCCCCCAAAUCAAGGGGACAGGGGGCCCUCAGUGAAUGUAUUACAGGGAUAUGGGAUCGGGGCAGCUGCUGGGUGAAGGAUUUCGGUCCCCAAAUGGGCACCAGGACCCCAGAAUAAUGGGGACCCCCAAAACAAGCAGGACCCCAAACAUGCAGGACCCCAAUUCCCUCGGGAGCAGGGAGCCGGGCUCUGGCUGGGGCACGAGGGAUUUCGGGGGCACUUUGUGAGCUCGAUGCUGGGGAGUUUUAGGGGAGGUUUUGGCUUCCCAGCUGCAUCCUCCCCAGCCCAGCUCUCGGUACCGGCACCCUACAGAUUUGGGGGGGGGUCCCCAUGGACCCCUGGGAUUAGGUACGAGCACCCUCCCCCUGCCUGCCCAGCUCUGCCCUGGGGAUCGGGGUGAGCUCGGUGCCCCCCAUCCUGCAGAGCCUCCCCCUCCUCUUCCUCCUCUUCCUCCUCGCUGCGGAGCCGGCCCCGCGGCAGGCAGGUACGAUUCGGCCGCAGGACGGUUCGGGAAGGAAGGGGCACGGCACGGGGAGGGGGGGGGGGGUCCCCAAUAUCCCAACCCCCCCUUCCCCGUCCCCAUCGGGUUAAACCUCGACCCCAAAGGUACUGUCAGGACGGUGCUGAGCCCCCCCCCACGACCCCCGGCCGUUUCAUGCGAUGGUGCCUGAUUUAACCCCGGCUGUGGCCCCCCCAGAUGCUGCACCCCCACCGUUAUAGCAAUAGCGUCCCGCCGGCCCCAAAAACAAGCCGAAGCUUUAAACUCAACUCCCUGGGGCAGGGGGAGCAGGAUCGGGGCCCCCCCCGGCCCCAAAAGGAGCCCAGGGCCAGGCGGCAGCACCCCAGGGCGCGGGGGCGAGCGGGUCCCCUCCUAGCACAGGCUGUUUUAGACCCCCCCCCCCAUUUUCCUUUCCCCUAGAGACACGUAUCUGUGACCCCCGCCCCCCCCCCCAAGCCACCGUUUUUUUAUUUGUCCUUUUCCUUUUUUUUAAAUAUUAUGUACUAUAUUUUUAGUCUUAAACACGAUAUAUUAUAUAUAU